AUGACUACCUUCAUUACUCCCUUUGAGAGGUACAUGUUUAAUCAAUUACCCGUUGGUCAAAAGGUCGAUAAAGAUGUAGUCUCUCAUGAUAUAAAAGAUCAAAGCGAUUUGCAAUAUCCCAAGACCAACAAACAAAAGACAAAGCCACUCCGUGAGCUACUCUCCAAGAAGUCACAGUGGUACUGGGGACCAGAACAAGAACAUGUGUUCUCAGAGUUAAAGAAUGGUUUGAGGUCUACUGGUACACCAGCACUGUUUGAUCCAGAGAGGGAGACAAGAGUAUCUGCUGAAGCAGAAUCACAUAGAUUAGCUGCCAUUCCAGGGCCUCCAGCUACUGCAGGUGGACCUGGAUGGAGUGCAGGAGCUGGUGGAGGUUGCAGGCAAGGAAUUGCUGGAGGUGGUGCUCCUCCAGCUAAAGGGAUUGCGAGAGGUAGUGGUGGUGAUGGCGGUAGUGGGUCUUCAGGAGGUGGUGUUGGAGGCCCUCCAUCUCCAGCUAAUGGUGGUGGUGGCGGGCCUCCAGCAAAAGGGAUUGCUGGAGGUGGGUGGUGGCGGUAG